AUGCCGGGAGUGCCACAUCGUCAUUUCAGCAGUGGGGAGUCAUCGUUAGUAGGUCCAGAGUCUUCUAUACGAGAAGAGGGUAUUUUCCUUACCGAGGAUGACAGUCUUACAGACGAUUCUGUUUCAGAUUUUGGAGUGGAAAGCGAUGCUGAUGACUCUGUCCGGCAUGCUAUAAUCACCGAGCCAGAGUCGUUUUGGGAAGAAAGCUCAUGGAUGUCAAUGGUACAGCAAAGCAUCACAUCAAGCAUCGAGGAGCGUGAGAAUUUAAUUUUGGAGCUGAAGGAAGUUUUGGAUGCUGCAGUGCGGGAGCGCUUAGAGUGGCAAAGAAAGGUGAAAGCUAUGCGCCGCUUUCGGAUCCCUCCGGAACCCGGGCAUUGGCAUCAAUCUGUUUCUUCUGCCUUGACUUGGAGGACCCGUGAAGUUGAAGCCCUGCGGAAAGAGAUUCGGCACCUUGAAUUGAGACAAAGAGAUGAAAGGCGGGAGUUUAGUCAACUACGAGCUCGACAGAAGAGAAGCACAGCCAACUCACUUCGCACUUGGUGCAGCCGCAGCACCUUGCAGAGCGGCUUUUCAUGCAGCAUGCACUCAAAGUCCAAUAUCUCAGCUAGUUCAACGACCACACGAUUCAAAGCUCCGAAGAAGGGGUUGCGUAGCUUGGGCCCUGAUGUGCAUUUGAUCCUGGACCAUACUCUCGGUGAUCUGGGCAAGGGCAAAGGGAUGCCUGAGGUCCGCCCUUUGGGUGGAUUGUGUGCUCGAGCGCGGCAAGGAAACAAGCAGGUGCACAUAUGGGGCUGGGAACCCAAAGACUACUGCUUCCGAGAUGAGACUGGCGCGAGUGCCUCCUUCACGCUGCCCGAGCUGCCUCGCUUGUCAGAGCGUGAAGCUAUAAUUGAGGCCCAACUUCUUCAGGAGGUCAUGAACGAGAUCGAAUGA